GCGCCCUUGGCUGCAGCUGCUUCACGAGUCCAACUCGGCUCAUCCUGCUGCUCCGCCCUUCUCAAGAUCACCAAGCAGCCGCAGUAGCUCGGCGAGCCGGCAGCCGACGGGUCCAAUGGCGCAGGAUGAUUCGGUUGUUUCUGCUCAGUGGCUGCAUGAGCACUUAGGGCAGCCUGAUGUUAAGGUGCUGGAUGCUUCCUGGUACAUGCCUGUAGAGAAGAGGGAUCCAUGGCAAGAAUACCAGGUGGCCCAUAUCCCUGGUGCGCUGUUCUUCGACAUAGAUGGCAUAGUUGACCUGACAACUGAUUUGCCACACAUGCUGCCAUCACAAGAGGCUUUUGCAGCCGCAGUUUCUGCGCUCGAUAUAAAAAACCAUGAUAAAGUUAUUGUUUAUGAUGGAAAGGGAUUUUUCAGUGCACCUCGUGUAUGGUGGAUGUUCAGAGUUUAUGGACACAAUAAAAUUUGGGUGUUAGAUGGAGGUUUACCUCAGUGGCGAACUUCUGGAUUUGUUCUUGAGAGUAGCACCCCUGGUGAUGCAGUUCAGAAAACUAAAGCUGCUAACAGUGUUGUUGAAAGGAUUUAUAAUGGUCAACUGGCAAGUGAUGUAACAUUUCAGACUGAAUUUCAGCCUCAUAUAUUCUGGACACUAGAAAAGGUUAAACAUAACAUGGAUGCACAGUCUCACCAAGUCGUUGAUGCCCGAUCAAAGGGCAGAUUUGAUGGUGUAGCACCAGAACCACGGGAAGGAGUAAGAAGUGGACAUAUCCCAGGGACAAAAUGUGUUCCAUUCCUUGAGAUGUUUGAUGAUGCACCAAUGCUUCUCCCUGCAGAUGAGAUCCGUAAAAAGUUUGAGCAAGCAGGGAUAUCCCUUGAUCGCCCCAUUGUAGUCACUUGUGGAUCUGGUGUAACUGCCUGCAUACUUGCUUUGGGACUCUAUAGAAUUGGGAAGCAAGAUAUUCCAGUUUAUGAUGGAUCUUGGACAGAAUGGGAAGCUCUACCGGAUCAUGAUUAUCCAAAAGUUACCUCCAAUGGUUCUUAAAAUCAUCAGCUCCGAAAUGAUGGAUUCAUCUGCUGCAUUUUUCACCAUUCAGUUUAGAUUGUCAGCUGGACUGUGUUCUCUUUGACAUGCUUAGCGUUUGAAUCAAAAGGAAGCGGAAAUGUGCACUCUUGGCAAUUUUGAUGAGGCCAUAUUCAAUAUUAAACUUAGAUCGAUGAUGUACUGAAUGUUAUCGUUAAACAAUAAUAAGCAUACCAAUUGAUUUUAUAUCAGAAUGACAAACUGUGUUGUCACUACAUUA